GCCAGCAUGUGCCCUCACACAACCCCCAGCACACAUCGAGCAGGGGAAACAUGUAGAUUUUACGCCAGGGGCCCCGAAAAGAAUCCGUUAGUACAGGAAAAAAAAAAAAAAAAAAAAGAGGAAGAAGAAGAAGAAGAAGAAGAAGAAGAAGAAGAAGAAGAAGAAGAAGAAGAAGAAGAAGAAGAAGAAGAAGAAGAAGAAGAAGAAGAAGAAGAAGAAGAAGAAGAAGAAGAAGAAGAAGAAGAAGAAGAAGAAGAAGAAGAAGAAGAAGAAGAAGAAGAAGAAGAAAGAAGAAGAAGAAGAAGAAGAAGAAGAAGAAGAAACCCUGAGUUGGGUCUAAAAAAAUCCAUGCCCCAUCAGGAUCAGCCCCAAACAUUUCCCUGAUUUUACCCUGAAUCAGGGUAAAAAG